AUUUGCUUGAAGUUUUACAUCAGGUCUCAAAAGCUGAUCAUCUCAAGCUGUUUAUUCAAGAGAAUUCUGGGAAAAUAAGGAAUCAAAGGAGAGAUGGAUUCUGGGUUAUCCUGGGCUGAUCAAUGGGAUACUGACAACUCUGACCUUCCAGCCUCUGCUUCAGAAAAAAACAAUAAUAAUGGAAAAGAUGGAUCUAAGAACAAGUCUGUGAAGGGCUUGUUAAGCCUCAAAUGGAUAAAAGAGCUCCGCAAGAAGACCAAAAAAUAAUCCAAGUUUGCUGUUCAUUCACACAAACAAAGGUCUUAAUUGUUUUUAAUCAUUCUUUGACACUUUAUUUGCCUUAUGAUUGUAUUUUAUAAGAUGUUUUCUUGCCAUUGGAGAAUACAAAUGAUGUAAGCAAGGGAAUGUUCGUUUAUGCUUCAGAUUUUGUGGAAUGUUACAAGAUUGUUCUUACCAUCA